AUGAACACAAUUGAGCCCAACCCUACCAGCCAAGUCGCGAUAUCGACAUACUCGACCUUUUCACGUCGACAAAAGCUUUGCAUCUCAUGGCUGGCCUCACUGUCUGCCAUGUACUCCGGCCUGUCGUCCUUCAUCUACUAUCCAGCGAUAACCGCAAUCGCCCAGUCCAUGUCUGUGUCGAUUGAGGCCAUCAACCUCUCCAUCACUUCGUACCAGAUCGUCUCUGGCGUGGCACCUAGCGUGCUCGGCGACAUGGCCGACCAGGUCGGCAGAAGACCAAUCUGCCUCGUGGCAUUCCUCGUCUAUUUCGCUGCCAACUUGGGCCUUGCUCUGCAGAACGACUAUGCGGCUUUGAUAGCUCUGCGGUGUCUACAGAGCGCAGGCGCGUCAAGCACGAUCGCCAUCGCCUACGGCUUUAUAGCUGAUAUCGCUCCUCCCGCAGAGAGAGGGUCCUAUGUGGGAAUUCUACAGGGCUUGUAUGUUCUGAAAAUUCAUACUCUACUCACGGAAAGGAAGACAUGGUUACUCAUUGAUGAGAACAGCACAAACUCAGCACCAAGCAUCGGCCCGGUCCUGGGAGGUAUCCUCACCGAGACCCUUUCGUGGCGCUGGGUCUUCUGGUUCCUGUCAAUCCUGUCGGGAUGUAACUUGAUUAUCCUGCUCCUCGUCGUCCCGGAAACAUGCAGGAAACUUGUCGGCGACGGUAGUGGGCAAACACCACACUGGAUGUACCGGCCACUCGUCAACAUCCUCGGAAAUGUCGAACAACAGGAGGAGGUCCAUGACGCUGCAUCCCCGCGACGACAACAGCGACGGAGACCACGCAUCAACAUGCCGAACCCGCUUCACUGCUUGAAACUGCUCUUGGACCGAGCUUCCUUCCUUGUCAUACGCAUUGGGGGAAUGCAGUAUACUGUAUACGGGUACAUCGCCACGUCGCUCUCCACGCUGGUGAUCCGCAUACAUGGGCUCAACUACCUGCAAGGCGGACUGACAUACCUGCCCCUAGGGGUUGGAGUUCUAGACAGGGACUACCGUCGGACAACAACAACAGCAACAACCAAGGACCACAUCCCCGCUAUUCCAAACAAGAACAAAUCCCCAAUCGACCUCAACCUUGUGGGUGAUUUCCCUAUCGAACAGGCCCGACUGAAAUCGAUAUUCCCGCUAUUCGGGAUCAGCUGCGCCGCGACCCUGGGCUACGGCUGGUCCUUACACCACCAAGUCCACGUCCACGCCCACGCUCAAGCCCACCCGGACGUGCCGCUGGCAGUGCCACUCCUCAUGACCUUCCUCAGCGGCGCGUCCCAGGUCUCCAUCUUCACAAUCUGCGGCACGCUACUGACCGAUCUGAACCCCAACCGCAGCGUCACCGUCCAAGCGAGCUACAGCCUGAUCCGCUGCCUCCUGAGCACCGGUGGCAUCGCUGCGGUGGAGAAACUGAUCGACGCCGUUGGAGCGGGCUGGUGUUUUACAGUGUUUGCCCUCGUCUUGGGCGUCGUGUGCGUGCCACUCGCAGUUGUGCUCCGGAAAUGGGGGCCGCGGUGGCGGAUAGAGGCGUGGAGAGAUCGUGGCGCGAGCAUAUAA